AUGGCCAAGGUCCGUUAUACCCAGCGGUUCCCACUAGGCACGCGCGUGAGUAAGUGUUUUGCCGGGUACCGCAACCCUUUCAAAGGCUCGGUGGACCAGCACUCGGACCAGACGCAUUUCUACCAUAUUUCGUACGAUGACGGAGACAGUGAGGAGAUGACGGAAGACGACGUUCAGGCGCACCUCCUCUACGUGCCAAAACCUCAAAAUUCAUUCACGCCGCCUAAAGCAUUCAACCGGAGCAAGAUUUACACAGCAAGGAAGCCGUACCCGCCGUCUAUCGAGAAAACGACUGACAGUGGCAGCAGUGCAAGUACGUCCAUGACAGUUGCAGUCGUACCAUCUCCCACGGCAUCAGAAGGAAAUAAGAAACCUACAGUGCUGAGUCUCAAUGCAAACGCGCCAGGAUUGUCGGGCAGCAUCGGUCUCAGUGGAUCUUCCGAUUCCUGUGCAGCGACAAGUGCACCGCUAUCCGUGUCCAUUCCAGCUUACUCGUGUGAAGAAGAAGAGGAAGAAGAAGAAGGGGUAGAUAACGAGGAGGAGGAAGAAGAAGAGGAAAUGGUAAAUAACGACGAUGAGGAGGAAGAAGAUGAAGCGUUGCUAGAAGGCACUCCAGAGGAAAUCAACCUGCUUAUCGGCAAGCCCGUCAUGAGAACAGUCGCACAGGAAGGAUGUAGUACUGACGUGUUACAGGGUACUGUGGCAAGUUAUUUCCCAGCCACGAAGAUGUUUCGCGUGAUGUAUUUCGACGGAGAGUGUUGUGAUCUUUCGUAUCAGCAAUUACUCGACAUUAUUCCGGCAAAUUCGCAUCCGAUCGGGAGCAAUGGAACGAAAAAACGAAAGGUGGAGAGGAGGUCUCGGAAGAAGGAGAAAAGGACGAAGCCGAGUGCUUCAUCGUCGUCUCCGAAGUGGCCUCAGACUCUUGACUUAACUGCUCCGUUAUCCGCAACUAAAGUCACUGGACGGAUAAAGCCGGGUUUCAUGGCAUAUUCCCCGGCAUCUGACGAUGCACAGUCGCCUGUGACCCCAGUGGUUUAUGAGACAGAUAUGGCGACAGUCGACAACAUCGAGUACAACAUUGUUCGCAAAGUGCUGUUUAUCAUUGUAAGUACCGUGAGCAACAUGAUGAUGGAGGCGCAGUUAGAAGCUCUAUCUUCGGCGGAUCUAAAGGACAAAGAAGCGCUGGAGACGUUUGUUCAGAAAGAUGGACUGACCUCAUUGGCAGAACUGCUGUCCAAAUGGGAAGAACAAGAGGAGACAGAGCAAGGAGUACUGCUUAUUUUAAAGGCUCUUGCAGUACUGCCUGGCGUGACGAAAGACGUAAUAAUGGACAGCAGGAUUGGUAAGAAAGUGCGGGGAAUCGAAAAAAGUAGAUGUUACAGAGAUGUUGCGAUACCUAGCCUCGCGACAUGGGUGAUUCAGAAGCUGAAAGCCGAUGUCGGAGUUCAAAAAGCGGACCAAGGUUCAAGUUUAAGAGACAGCGGCGAGGCUGGACGCUACCAGAACGGCCAAUCACGAAAAACCGGUCCAACAUCAGAAUCGUUCGGUAGUCGUGGUGAUGGAAAACAAGACGAUCGCUCUGUUAUGGAGAAAUCGACGGACAGUCCGCGACCACAAGAAACUGCACGAGUCAAAGGAAAGCCGUUUUCUUUUCCGAAUGGUAGCGGUAAGCAGUCCAAGUCAGCGAGUCAUUUGCUAGACCUGAUGAACUCACGGAAUGGUCGAGACACGAACAGUAGUUGCCGUGACCGAGACAUUUUUGGGAAUGUCGUCGGCCCUAGGAAAUCGGGCAAGCUUGGGACGGCAAGUAAUUGGCGAGCCCGGCGCUCGACCGUGGUGCUGGAUCAGGUAAGCAAGCGAUUGACUGGCAAUGUUCCAGAAAUCGACAUUGUGAAGUUAACAAAGGUCGGAGACGAUGAUUGGAGACCGUCCAGGAUCUCAUUUGCGCCGAAAGACUCAGUGUGCGCGUUUGACAAGGAAGUCGCAGUCUCAAAACUGCUCGUCUUUCGUCCGUUUGGGACAACAACGGCACCUGAACGGGUGCCCGUAAAGCCUCAGGUGGGUCCCUUGCGAUCAAUCCUCCGUGCUAGUCGUUCUCCUCCUGCAACGGCAGAGGAAAUGCCGCAGGUGACAGAAAACAACACCGCUUCGCCUGCCGUCCAUUGA